AUGAUAAACAAAUCAAUGUCCAUUUACAUCAAUAGAGAUCUGUGUUUAGAGACAGGUGCAAGAUUUAGAGAUUAUCAACACAUAUGUCUCUUUAAUUCAAGUACAGCAGAUAAUAUUUUACAAGAUGUCACCACAUGUCCUAAUAAAUGCAAUUUCCAGAUAGAUAAUUUGCAUUUGUACAGUAACGCUAUACAAGAGAUUAAUCUAACUAUGGGCAAUGGGGAAAAGAUGUUCCACACUUGUGCAAGAUCAUAUCAUCAUACUGAUGUAUAUCUAAAUAUCAACUGUUCAUCGUGGAAUCCAAAGGAAUACAUGACUUGGAAUAGUGGUUAUGCCUGCAGCAUAAACGAUGCACAGUGUAUCCAUAUCAACAACUACUGUGUCUGCCAUUGUUUGCCUGGAUAUAUUUUGGAGGACAAAAUGUGUUUGAAAAUGAAUGUCAGCAUUGGUGGUCUAUGUGGAUUUGAUUGGCAAUGCAAUGGAACACAAUUUGCAAAUGUUUGUGAUCAUGGUUUGUGUUCAUGCAGCCCAGGAUACAUCGAAAUUAAGAGGAAGUGCUUCAUGUACCAUGGAAAUCUAGAACUAAAUGAUUCGUGUGGGUUGACAGAGCAGUGUAUACAGCCCUUCUCAGUUUGUUUAAAUGGAACAUGCAAAUGUAUGGAUGGUUUUUCUCCAUUUGAUACUGAUAGCUGCUUCAAAGAUACUGUUCCCGUCGGUGGGUUUUGUAGCUUAGACGAACAGUGCACAGGGAGUGAUAAUUCUGGAAUAUGCGGACACGGAAGAUGUUCCUGUGCAAAAGAGUUCAUACUUAUUGACUUGGCUUGCGAAAAAGACAUGAAUAUUAGAGCGAAGCUUGGGACAUUUUUUGGCGGAUUUAUUCUUGGUGCGAUUGUUACUGCUGUCGUGACGACCCUAAUUUACAGAAAAUUUAAGUUUCCAAGCAUAAAAAUAAAGAAACCUGCCGUUUUGUUUGCAGCCAUUAGAGCAUACGGUGCUACCAGAAGUGCUCAAAUUUCUUAUACAAACGAUAAGAAGCAAAACGUAGCAAUCGAAACCCCAAAAGAAACAUUAGGAUACAAUUUGUAUGAAAAACAAGAAAAUGAAAGGUCCGAUGACGUCUAUAACCAUUUACACGAACAUACAGAGCAAGAUGACGACAAUUAUGACCAUGCAUUCGCUCCAUUAAAUCACAGUACGGAUCUCUCUGACUAUAAUCAUUUAUGUGAUAUUACUUCUGUUCAAUCUACAUCGUUGUAAAUGUUUUCCUCAAAACAGAACAAACACUAAUUUAUUGUAUAUGAUUUUUUUUAUUUCAACAAGUCUUUGUAUUUGUACAAAUAUUGAUGUCGUUAUUAUCGUAUUUUGUCUAAGUAUGAAUUUACUCAUUCCUUGCCAAGAUUGUCAUAACACUAUGAACUGAAGAAGAAAAUGCACUAUUCCAAGUUCAUAUUUUACUAACGCUUUCUGGAUUUAACAAGGCCAAGUCAAUAUA